AUGCGCAGAAAACUACCCGUGCCAUGGCGCACUAACCGCAGCAAUGUCUGUCGUUUUCCCGGCACGUACCACGCCACUGCGUACCGACUCUGCCGGACCCUGACGGAGAUCGAGCACCGCGACGACGGCGCCUUCAAGCGCUACCUGCCAGGACCCAAGACGGGUGGCUUCGUGCGUGGCAGCUUCAUCGCAUGGCGUCGCCACGAACGGGUUCGAGACAUCGAAGUUGUGAAGGAUUCCAUCCGAGAGCUCUAUGACUUUGAAGAGGUCGUGGGGGAAGGAGGUUUCGGCAAGGUGUCACGAGCACGGCACCGACGUACCGGGGAGGUGGUGGCCAUUAAGACCAUCUCCAAGUCGAAGCUGGGAGACGAAGAAGCUUUGCAACUCGAGGUGGCCUUCCUAAAGUUGUCGGAUCAUCCCAACACAGUGCGCUAUUACGAGACCUUUGAGGAUGCGACUGACAUCCAUUUGGUCAUGGAGAUGUGCUCGGGUGGUUCUUUGGCGCAGUUGCUCCAAAAUGCGCACGACGACUUUGGGCCUGGUGUGUCAGAAGAUGAGCUGAAACGCAUCAGUUUGCAGAUGCUGCAG